AUGGGAAGAUAUGGACGAGCGUAUACGAUAUCAAAUGUGCUUUUGGCCAUUUAUGUCACUGCGUUUUGCUACUUUAAUAGAGAAAAAUUGAAGUUGUUUUUCAAUGGGGACUUGGAUUUCAGCGCUGCGAAGCUGAUGGAUAUCAGCAACACGGAAUAUCCACCGGGUCCGACGGCAGAGCCGACAAGUUUGCCCAGUCACAUAAAUGAAGUUGGCUUCCAAGAGUUGGUUGAUAACUUUCCCCUUUGGUCGCCAAAAUUCAUCAUUGUUGGGGUGAUGAAAUGCGGAACAGGUGCGGCGCAUACUUUUCUCGGCAACCACCCAAAUGCCGUUCCAGCCACUGCCGAAGCAUAUUUCUUCAACAAGGACAAAAAUUACGAGCAAGGAUUUACGUAUUACCGAAAGUUCUUUCUCCGAGUUGGUCACAAGCAGCAGCCAUAUGUUCACUAUGAAAAAUCGCCGACUUAUUAUCGGAGUUUGACCGCGCCGCCGAGGAUGAAAGAGAUGAAUGAAACGCUGAAAGUAGUAAAUGUCGUUUGUGAUAAUGUCAAGCGAACUUUGUCGAGAUAUCUUCACAUAAAGACGCACACGGACGACGGUCAUUUCAGCCAUAAUCACCUGUCCCUAAUUGGCCAAACUUUGGAAGAGUUCCAAGUCAAUCUUCGAAAUACAAUCAGGACUUUUGGCGCCUUCUUGGAGGAUGUGAAAAACAAUGAGGGCGACGGAACUAUAGAAGGACUCAUCAAGGCCUUAUCGUACAGAUUCAAGCACAAAAUGAGACCAUUUGGUAUUCGAGCGACGCAGGACAAGAUCGAGCUUAUUUUAUCUGAUGGAUUCUACGCUGUUUUUCAUAAGUACUGGCAACAGUUCUUCCCAGACGAUCAGCUUCUUGUGGUUGAUGGUGGUCAAUUCCUCAAAACACCCUGGGAACCGAUGGUUGAGAUCCAACGGCACGUCGGACUAAGUGAAAGGAUCAAUUCUUCGAGUUUCACUUUCCGGGAUGGAAUGGAUGUUCCUUGCUUUAUUGAUGCACAAGAAAAUGUCAACUGCCUGCCGGAGCAAAAAGGGCGCUCGCUACAUAAAAGUCUCGACAUGGAUGUGGUACGGGCACUUCACGAGCUCUAUCGACCUUUCGACGCUUACUUCGCCCAGAAAGUGCUGCACCGUUCGCCGUUUCAGUGGAAUUAUGGCUUGGAAGCGCCAUAA